AUGGGUCACUACUCGAAAGCACUUGAAUUUUACGAAAAAUCACUUAAAAUUAAAGAAAAAGCUCUGCCUUCGAAUCAUCCAAAUUUGGCUACAUCAUACGGCAACAUUGGUCAAGUGUAUAAUAACAUGCGUGACUACUCGAAAGCACUUGAAUUUUACGAAAAAGAUCUAGAAAUCACAAAAAAAGCUCUGCCUUCGAAUGAUCCAAAUUUGGCUAUUUCGUACAACAACAUCGCUGCAGUGUAUUAUAACAUGGGUGACUACUCGAAAGCACUUGAAUUUUACGAAAAAUCACAUCAAAUCAACGAAAAAGCUCUGCCUUCGAAUCAUCCUGAUUUGGCUACUUCAUACGGCACCAUCGGUCAAGUGUAUAAGAACAUGGGUGACUACUCGAGAGCACUUGAAUUUUACGAAAAAUCACCUAAAAUCUUGGAAAAAGCACUGCCUUCGAAUCAUCCCUCAUUGGCUACGGCGUACAGCAACAUCGGUUCAGUGUACCGCAACAUGGGUGACUACUCGAAAGCACUUGAAUUUUACGAAAAAUCACUUAAAAUUAAAGAAAAAGCUCUGGCUUCGAAUCAUCCCUCAUUGGCUACGUCGUACAGCACCAUUGGUCAAGUGUAUAAUAACAUGGGUGACUACUCGAAAGCACUUGGAUUUUGCGAAAAAUCACAUCAAAUCUAUGAAAAAGCGCUGUCUUCGAAUCAUCCCUCAUUGGCUACUUCAUACAGCAACAUCGGUGGAGUGUACAGCGACAUGGGUGACUACUCGAAAGCACUUGAAUUUUACGAAAAAUCACACAAAAUCUACGCAAAAGCUCUACCUUCGAAUCAUCCCUCAUUGGGCACUUCAUACAGCAACAUCGGUACAGUGUACAGCGACAUGGGUGACUACUCGAAAGCACUUGAAUUUUACGAAACAUCACAUAAAAUCUGGGAAAAAGCUCUGCCUUCGAAUCAUCCUCAUUUGGCUACUUCGUACAGCAACGUCGGUCAAGUGUAUAAUAACAUGGGUCACUACUCGAAAGCACUUGAAUUUUACGAAAAAUCACUUAAAAUUAAAGAAAAAGC